AUGUCUGUAGUAGAAGGCUCGUCUAAUGGUGAAGACACUCACGCCCCAGACGAUAGCGUGGAAGAAACGGAGAAUUCUCACUGCUCCACACAGACAGAUGAAUAUGAUGACGGCUUCAUCGAGCCAUAUCUCACUGCUUAUCACCUGGGGAAUCUGGAUGCAGAAAAUCCAGGGGAGAUCGCGUCGUCUCAACAGGAGCCAAGGUGUCAAGAUGCUUCGUUCUCGAAAGUCAAGGCUACAAAAUCCUUUGAUGUCGAGGGGCAUCCACGCAAACUCACUGUGUCUACAAGUGGGAAGAUUGCCGUUAUGUUUAGAGGCCGUAGAGUCAGCGUCUAUGACACAGAGGGUAUCAUUACCGUGAAUUUCUUAACAGAUAUAAUAAAAAUUGAAGAACGACAUGAAAAGACGAUUCCCGUUUUCCCCCACGAUGUUUCUUUUGGUACCCUCGCCAACAACGACAUUUGGAUUGUGGGUGGGAAUCAGCUGACCCACUAUGUCGCGCAACUUGCAGUAAACAGAUUGUCCAAUCGCGCCAUUGUGACAGAGACGGAUAAACAUCACGGGAUGGUAAAGGUUUUCAUGUUGAACGGGAUGCUCGAGCGAGGUUUUGGGUGGCGGCAGGGUUUGAUGUACCCAGCAGGCAUCACAGUGAACAACGAUGACUCUAUCCUAGUGGCGGACUCCUCCACUGCCUACAUCUACGUGUAUCGCGACAAUGGACAGCUCCUGUUCAAGUUUGCAGGAAAGGGAACCAACAACGGCCAGUUGAGCCUCCCCCUUGACAUCUGUACGGACAGUUCUCGUCACAUUAUCGUGGCUGACUCGGGAAACAGGCGGAUUGAGCUGUUCACAAGCCGCGGGGAAUUUAUCCGGCACAUCGCUACUGACAUUGACCCUGUGAGCAUUGCCGUUGGUCCAGACGGACAGUUAGUCCUGACUGAAACGGUCAGGCACCGCGGGGUGGUAAAAGUCUUCGGGUUAAACGGAAUACUCGAGCGACGUUUUGGGCGGCGGCAGGGUUUGAUGUACCCAACAGGCAUUACAGUGGACAGCGAGGACUCUAUCCUAGUGGUGGACUCCUCCACUGCCUACAUCUACGUGUAUCGCGACAAUGGACAGCUCCUGUUCAAGUUUGCAGGAAAGGGAACCAACAACGGCCAGUUCAGCCUCCCCCUUGACAUCUGUACGGACAGUUCUCGUCACAUCAUCGUGGCGGACUCGGGAAACAGGCGGAUUGAGCUGUUCACAAGCCACGGGGAAUUUAUCCGGCACAUCGCUACUGAUAUUGACCCUCUGAGCAUUGCCAUGGGUCCAGAUGGACAGUUAGUCCUGGCUGAGGCCUCAAAAAAGAAAGUGACCAUUCUGACAAACUAUUGA